CAUAUUUCUCUUUCAUCCCAGUGAACACAUGGCUAAAGUGCGCCUUCCACCAUGAAAGAAGAAAUCAAGAGAGAGAAGGGAAAAAAGCAAUAAAGCAAACUAAAUAGUCAUAUGUUGUCAUGGUCAUAGCACCAGUUGCCCUUCUGCAUUCUCAGACUCACCUUUAUGCAGUCCCACCCCAGAAGAGUUAAACACCAAUUUCACUGGAAUCCCCCAUUUACACCUUCAUAAUUCCCUCAAAAACCCUAAACAACAAACAAUACCGGUGGAAUUUCAUUUCAAACUUCAGUUUUACUAUACCUCUUCGUCUCAGAUCUGCUGGACUGUAAUAUGAAAAGAGGGUCAUUUCAUGAAGUAUUGUAAGCAGAAAUGAGAAGGAUUCAUGAUUCACAAAAGCUUCCAGUUUCAGGGCAUAUGCCUGAAAUUGGUAAGUUACCAAAUUCACACUUCAGUUUGGUUAGAGAAGACAUGAGUUUUUUGAAUGCAGAAAAUUUUCAACAUUCCACUUUACCCAUAUCUGUGAGGAAAUGGAAAGGGAAAAACUUCUUGCAGGAUGAUGAGGAGCUUAUGCCAGAUGUGAACAUGUUGAAGGAAACUGAUGAUUCUUUCGACGAAAUUGGUUCCACCUCUUUCUCGGGAGCGAGUCAUCCCCCAGAACCUGUUGACACAGAUCUAAUGAGUCCUGUUUGUGUACCAAUCGGUCAAAACAAAUCGUCGGAAGGUCAAUGCAUGAUAAAGGGAGUUUCCAUAAAGGGUCCGUUCUUAGAAGAUCUUUCCAUUCGUGUUUCUGGAAUCAAACAAAGCCCUGAGAGUUUGACACCAUCUUCUCCAUUUGCAGUUCCGCGGCCAUCACAAAAUACCGAAAGCUCUCCCAUUCGUCAAGAUUCUGAUGAAAAGGAGUGUGUUUGGGAUGCUUCUUUGCCUCCAAGUGGUAACGUAAGCCCACAUAGUAGCAUUGAUAGUACAGGUGUUGUUACAUCCAUGAGUACCAGCACGUACCGAAUGAGUGAUGGAAUGCUUAGUGUCGAUCGUAAUUAUGGAAUUACAAAAAUAACCCUUCGAGGGGAAUCCCUUGAAAGCGGAAAAACAAGUAUUAGUCGAGCUAGUGAUAGUAGUGGCCUUAGUGAUGAUAGUAACUGGAGCAACUUCACCGGGACCACCAACAAGCCUCAUAAAGGAAAUGAUCCGAGGUGGAAGGCAAUUCUUGCCAUUCGAUCACGAGAUGGCCUUUUGGGUAUGAGUCAUUUUAGGUUGCUUAAACUUCUUGGUUGUGGUGACAUUGGUAGCGUUUAUCAAUCGGAGCUUAGUGGGACCCGUUGCUAUUUCGCAAUGAAGGUGAUGGAUAAGGCGUCCCUUGCUAGUAGAAAAAAGUUGUCGAGGGCUCAGACCGAGAGAGAUAUAUUACAAUUACUUGAUCACCCGUUCUUGCCAACUUUAUACACUCAUUUUGAAACGGAUAGAUUCUCGUGUUUGGUCAUGGAAUAUUGUCCUGGAGGCGAUCUGCACAUGUUGAGGCAACGGCAACCGGGGAAACAUUUCUCGGAAUACGCAGCAAGGUUUUACGCUGCUGAGGUUUUAUUAGGACUCGAGUAUCUCCAUAUGCUUGGAGUUGUAUACCGAGACCUGAAACCUGAAAACGUAUUGGUACGUGAAGAUGGCCACAUAAUGUUGUCCGACUUUGACCUCUCGUUGCGAUGUGCCGUGUCACCCACCCUCAUUAAGUCAUCUUCGUUAGAUUCCGAUCCUUCCAAACGAGCCACUAAUGGUGCUUUCUGUGUGCAACCCGCCUGCAUCGAGCCCACAUCAGUCUGCAUUCAACCUGCAUGUUUCCUCCCUCGGUUUUUCCCUCACAAAAACAAGAAGAAACGGACCCCAAAACCCCGAACAGACCCAACCCCGCUAUUCGGCCAGCUCCCGGAACUUGUUGCCGAGCCAACCGCGGCCCGGUCGAUGUCUUUUGUCGGGACCCACGAAUACUUGGCUCCGGAAAUCAUCAAGGGAGAGGGACACGGAAGUGCGGUGGAUUGGUGGACGUUCGGGAUAUUCUUGCACGAGUUGCUGUACGGUCGAACCCCUUUCAAGGGUGCGGGAAACCGAGCCACUUUAUUCAAUGUAGUUGGGCAACAGCUAAGGUUUCCGGACUCGCCGGCUACAAGCUAUGCGAGCCGGGAUUUAAUCAGGGGUUUGCUUGUGAAGGAGCCACAACACAGGCUGGGCGUGAAAAGGGGUGCGACCGAGAUCAAACAGCAUCCCUUUUUCGAAGGCGUGAAUUGGGCACUGAUUCGGUGCAGUACGCCACCUGAAGUCCCGAGACCUACAGAAGCCGCCGAGCCUACCAGUAAGUUGGGGGCGGUCGAGGCGGUAAGUGGCGGCAAUAACAGUAAAAGAAUGGUGGGGAACGGGGGCAAGGCUGGCGGUAAAUAUCUCGAUUUCGAGUUCUUCUGAGCCAAUCUUUAGAAUUGUUAUAGAAUUGUUGUUGCUGUGUUGUAGUCGCUGACUCUAUAAGAUCUCAUUGUGCAAUCCGUUCUUCGUUAUCGUGUUAUCACCCAUAAAUUCGUUAAGGCUAUUUUGGGAAUUUCACUCAUAUUUACUCA